AAGCCAGCCUCUCGUUGCCUUUGCCCAGAAAUAAAGAAGGCGUAUUACUAUAUAGAAAACGUAACCCCGGCUGUAAGGAAAAGCCGUAACCACAUCAAGGACAGCGAGAAACUCUUGUAAAAAGAAAGGAGUUCCCCCACCCCCUCCUUCUCUCCCUCACAAACCGCCGUUCCUCUUUUAAGAUCCGAUCUCCCGUUCCCCUCUCUCCUAUCCUCUCUCCUCCCCCUCCACGCGUUCCAGCCAAAUCCAGCCCACCGAUGGUCCAGGCGGGCCAGAUCGCCGCAAUGGCGCCGGACGCCGACGCAAUGCCGGCGGCCGACAGCAAGGACUCCGGCGACGUCCGCAUGAUCUCCACCAAGGAGCUCCGCGCGCACACCGCGGCGGACGACCUCUGGAUCUCCAUCUCCGGCGACGUCUACGACGUCACGCCGUGGCUGCGCCACCACCCUGGCGGCGACGUCCCGCUCCUCACCCUCGCCGGCCAGGACGCCACCGACGCCUUCGUCGCCUACCACCCGCCCUCCGCGCGCCCGCUCCUCCGCCGCUUCUUCGUCGGCCGCCUCUCCGACUACACCGUCUCCCCCGCCUCCGCCGACUACCGCCGCCUCCUCGCGCAGCUCUCCUCCGCGGGCCUCUUCGAGCGCGUCGGCCCCACCCCGAAGCUCCUGCUCGUCGUAAUGUCGGUCCUCUUCUGCAUCGCCCUCUACUGCGUCCUCGCCUGCUCCAGCACUUUCGCGCACCUGUUCUCCGGGGGCCUCAUCGGCUUCAUCUGGAUCCAGUCGGGCUGGAUUGGCCAUGACUCUGGCCACCACCAGCUCACCACCCACCCCGCGCUCAACCGCCUCCUGCAGAUCAUCUCUGGGAACUGCCUCACCGGCCUUGGCAUCGCCUGGUGGAAGUUCAACCACAACACACACCACAUCUCCUGCAACAGCCUCGACCAUGACCCGGACCUCCAGCACUUGCCGCUCUUUGCUGUCUCCACCAAGCUCUUCAACAACCUUUGGUCGGUCUGCUACGAGCGCACCUUGGCGUUUGAUGCCAUAUCCAAGUUCUUCGUUAGUUACCAGCACUGGACAUUUUACCCCGUGAUGGGAUUUGCGAGGAUCAACCUUCUAGUGCAGUCUGCCGUGUUCCUCGUGUCACAGAAGAAGGUCCGUCAGCGUUGGCUGGAGAUCGCCGGAGUCGCUGCUUUCUGGGUUUGGUACCCCUUAUUGGUCUCUUGCCUGCCGAAUUGGUGGGAGAGAGUGGCGUUUGUAGUUGCAAGCUUUGUGAUCACUGGGAUUCAGCAUGUGCAGUUUUGCCUGAAUCACUUCUCGUCAGCGGUGUAUGUUGGGCCACCGAAGGGGAAUGAUUGGUUUGAGAGGCAGACGGCAGGCACACUUGACAUUAAGUGCUCACCGUGGAUGGAUUGGUUCCAUGGUGGUCUGCAGUUCCAGGUCGAGCACCAUUUGUUUCCUCGCCUGCCUCGGUGCCACUAUAGGAUGGUUGCUCCGUUUGUGCGCGACCUUUGCAAGAAGCAUGGACUGCCUUAUGCUGCUGCCACAUUCUGGGAGGCCAAUGUGUUGACAUGGAAGACACUAAGGGCUGCUGCAUUGCAGGCCAGGGUAGCCACCACCGGUGCCGCCCCAAAGAAUUUGGUCUGGGAAGCUUUGAACACUCAUGGGUGACUGGGAGGAGGACUUGGAGUACAAGGCAAUUGCCAGCGUUGAGCCUUGCAUGCAUGCAAUUAUCUGAUUGCUUCUCGCUUGUGUAGAGAGAUUGCUCCUUUUACCUGUUGAAGUCAUGUCGGAUUUUUCGUGUUGACAAGUGACUAUCUUUGCAGUUGAAGAGUGGGUUCAUGCUUCAAUUGUCUACCUGUACACCACAUAUUUAGAUUGUUGGUCUCUCCCUGUUGCGGUAACUAUAUCAAUAGUUCUCUUCUUUUAUAUCAAGAAUUUGUGGCUUAUUUUACAUCCAUUUCAUUUUGCUUGCAUUGUCUAGACAUCGAAGUUCAUGGCAAUGUAAGCCUUAUUGAUGGUUGGUAAUGUUUUGUGGUAGCCCUGUAUUUCCUGCUGCUAUGGCAGCUUGAAUUGCAGUUUGGGACAAUCCUAUCUAUUCCAAUAAUCAAAAUUUAGCCAUCUUCUACUA